AUGGCCAUCUGGGGAUCCUCCAGCUCCAACGCUGCCUCCAGCAGUGAAUCGGAGAUCAAAACCUCGCUCAUGAGACAAGUCCAGCAAGAAGCCGCCAUGGCCAACGCCCGCUCUCUCAUCAGCAAAGUCAACGAGCACUGCUUCGACGCCUGCGUGCCCGCCCCCGGGUCCACCCUCUCCUCCGCCGAAAACACCUGUCUCUCGCAGUGCAUGGAGAAGUACAUCUCGUUGUGGAACACCGCCAGCCGCACGUACAUUGCGCGCGUGACGGCUGAGAGCAAGAAGCUGGGCGGCCAGGAUACCAUUGCCAUGAACGAGUUGGCUACCGCGCCCACGGGCUCGAGUCUGUAA